AGCAUAGUCUCCCACUAUUGCGUGUGGACAAGCGUCUUUGUGGGGCACCUCAGGUCACUUCGGUACUUACCCAAUUUAUAUUUUUAUUAGAUCAAAGAAUUCGCCUCGUCGAUUGGAGUUAUGUUUAA